AUGGCGGAACCACCCCGCCUUUGGACAGCUGCGAGCGUGGCUGCCGUCAAGAUCCAUUUGGAGACCUCUAGUGUUAGUGGAGCAGUCGCGAAGACGAACCGCCGGAGGCACGAGAAGACGAUGACGCGCUGCACCGCGCGCGCGUCAUGUCACGCGAAGACAGAGACGACUGUUCGCAAGGCACGAAAGGCAUCAACGUCUGUCACUGCAAAGAAGAAGGACGCGGGGUCACCAAAACAGGAUAUCCUGUCGGCUAUCCAACCGCCGUGCGUGGCCAAAUUCGUCACACGCGUAGCCGACCACGAAUUCAAGAAAUACCUCAUCAACACCGAUGUGAAGCGCAUGUGGUUCUACUCCUCGAAGCCGGAUCAGGCACUGCGUUACAUAGCCGUCAUCAGCAAGGGAAAGGCGCCCGGCGAAAUCGAUGACGAGCAUGGCGAGGGCAACUACGAGUUCAACAAACAGAAGGCGGGGUUCGCGUACGAGAUCAAGGAACUCUACCAGUUGAAACGACCGAUACCCUUGGACGAAUUGAAGGCGAAGUACAAGACGACAUAUCCGCAGCGCUUCGUGUACGUGCCGCCGAAGCUGCUCGAAGACAUCAAACUGGAGGAACAGACGCGGUUGUACUGA